AUGAGUGUAAAUCAACCACUUUUGGAACCAGACAACGAGGAUUUUGAGGACAGAUUCCAGGAGGAACUAGAGGUUCCCAAUAAGAACUACAAGAUUAGAAACCUUCUUGCCUUCAAUUUCACCGGAUUCUUCUGCAUUGCGUUUGUGAUCUUCUUAACGUCUUCUCAGCCUUUUUACAUCAACCAAAUUUUGAAAGUCGAUUACCAUGAAAUAGGAAAAGUUAUUGGGUUUCUCGGGGUCGCCGACGAACUCACAUGUAUUGUGUCAUCGCCCUUGAUUGGUUCUUUGAAUGAUAAGUUGGUGCAAUGGAACUGGGUUGUGGGACAUACUAAGUUUCUUGUUUUCACCGGCUUUGCCAGCAUAUUUGUGGCAUUUUUAUUAUAUGGACUUGUACCAUACUCUGGUUGGUGGCAGUUGAUUUUUCCAAGAAUGUUCUUUGCUAUUGGUGUCACAACAUGUAUGAGCAUGGUACCUGUGUUGCUUCACCAGUUGAUAUAUUCUGAUUUCAAAAUGUCCAGUCUUCUCUUCUGGAAAGAGACCGGAGCUGCGACCUCAAGUAAUGUUAACAAAAACGGCCGAUAUGCUGCUCUUAUUGGGCUUUCUACUGGAUUAGGUGCUGUAUUUUCUGUAUCUUGCUUUCUAUCACUUCCUGUUAGGUUACUGGCGGAGUUUGAAAUAUCUUCGAGACAAGCUUUGCAAUUAUCGUUUGUGAUUCUUGGAAUCCUAUCAAUUUUGGUGGGAUUAUUGAUGCUCGUUUCACUCUAUGAACCCAGCACAGAAGACAACAAGAUACAUCUUACGUACAUUGAGUUAAUCAAAACGGGAUUUAGUCGUCUCCGGUCAAGUUCCUCAGUGCAAAUUGCAUGUUUUGGUGGGUGGGUUGCACGUUCGACAUCGGUCCUUAUUGCGGUUUUCAUUCCAUUGUUUGUGUACAACUUCUACUUCAAAUCUGGACUUUGUGAAGAUGAUGGUACUCCUGCAAAGAACAAUUGUUACGACGGCUAUACUUUUGCAGCUAUUUUGUCGGGGGUGGCCCAAACAGUUUCACUUUUGGUAUCUCCAUUUUGGGGGAUAGUUGUAGACAGAAUCGGGAAGAAAAAGAGUUUAAUGCUAUCUUCCGCCAUUGGACUUGUGGGUACAUGGACUCUCUGUAUUUUAAACAUUUCUGAUCCUCGGAACGCUACAACGUUUUUCCUUAUGAGUCUUAUUGGAGUAUCUCAGAUUGGAACUGUCAUCACUUCGAUGAGUAUUAUUUCAGCAGAAAAUGAUGCCGUAGGAUCCGUCAGUGGAGUCUACAACUUGUUUGGGGGAUUUGGAAUCUUGAUUUUAAGUCAAAUUGGAGGCUCGUGGAGUGAUCUGUGGGUUUUUGCCCCCUUUUUCCUCGUUGGUUCCUUUAACUUGUUGUUAAUUCUUGCUGCAACAUUUUCUAAAUAA